AUGUGGUGCAACGGUCUUGCCGGGAAGGUAGCAGAGGCGGAAGCAGCGGCUGUGGCGCGGGAGCAGGCGAAGCGCGAGGACGCGGAGCGCGAGGCGGAGCAUGAAGCUGCUCUGGCUGCUGCUGCGAGGAAGCGGGAGGAGGAGCGUGAGGCUGCUCUGGCUGCUGCUGCGAGGAAGCAGGAGGAGGAGCGUGCGGCUGCUCUGGCGGCAGCUCGGAAGCAAGAGGAGGAUCGUAUAGCUGAGCAGGCGGAGCGCGAGGCUACCACCUCGACGAAGGGGAAAGGGCGGGAAGUGGCGGCUACUCCGGAGUUCUCGGUGACGUUGGGCAGUCCGGCCGGUGGUGAAGACGGAGCAUCGACUGCGGCCGCAGCCACGGGGCCUCCCGUCCAGCCUCUUCACGCCCUGCCCGUGUUCCUAGAGGGGACAAGGACUACAGUCGGUCGGCGGCUCCUGCGUCAAAGAGCUAGAAUGACCAUUGGGGUGACCAAAGUCCGACGGCCAAGAGCGGGACGCCCGACCACCGCCGCUCCGACCAUUCUUCGCGAGGGCGCGGCACCGGAGAUGGCGGGCGGGGGCAAGCCGCGGGGACACAGCCUACCAGGUCUUCGCCGGCGAGCCGCCACCGCCGGAGCACGAGCCAGAAUGCAGAACGUCACCAGCGCACCCAGCUUUCGUCCAGGCGUAGUCGCAGCCGGAGCGGAGACCAUCGUGAGAGCAACACGCCUUCGUCUAGGCGUAGCCGCAGUCGGAGCCAGAACCGGAGCGGGGGCAACAGCAGGGCGACCAGCACUGACAGCGGUCGCGGCGGAUCAGGGGGACGGAAGUCAGGCCACGGACGAUGCUGGCUUGCCUUUGUCUUCCACGGGAGCGAGAGCGAGGCAGGAGGCUCUGGACGCUGCGGACGCCGCUGCAGCGGAGGCCGACACCAUCCGCAUUCAAGACAAGAUGGACAAGCUGAAGCCGGAACAACUUGAUAGUGUCACACGCUUGCCCCUCGGUCCUGAUCCUGAUGAAUUUUCUCGUUUCGCGCCUAGCUGCAAGGGUGUGGUCACAGAGAUCCUCAAAAAAAGCGACGUCAAACGCAAGCAGACGUUCAAAUCUUCCACCUCGGUCACCGGAUGGCUUCCGUUGUUUGUUGUAGAAAACCGUUUGCGCAAGGAACCGGCCGGGCCCUUGACGUACGCCUUCUUCAUCCAGAAACUGGCGGCUGCCUGGGACACUGAAGACAAGAGCUCGGGGAUUGAUCGUCUUCGCGGUUUUGGCGUAUCCAACGGCGAGACUUACGGAGAGUACAUUCGUCGCUGUAAGGCUCUGGCCAUGAGCGUCAUAGUUUCUCACCACGCGUUCAAGCCUUCGGAUGCGCAAGUGCAGAUAGCUGUUCGAGACUCCAUGUUGAAGCAGUGUCCAGUAGUGUCUGGGCAGGUGUACAAGGAUGAGCAGCUCUCCAUGGAAGCCCCUUUUGGGCGACAUGCUUCGUGUCUGGAUGAUAUGUGAGAUGUGUUAGACAAGCGUGCAUUCGCGUACACGCCGGCGGUGCAUGGAGACGAUUUCUUUUCCGUAUCUUCCACGAAUGCUUGGCGUUCGUCUGCUGUUUCGCGUGCUGUUGCUUCUUCGGCGUUGCGUUCGACGGGAACCCCUUCGUGGAGCCAGGGCUCUUCGGCUGCCGUGAUGAGUGUUGACCCUCUACCUAAUGAU